CCCAGUGGCGGAAGGAGCAUGGCGUGGAGACUGCUGAAAAAGCGGGCCCAGGAUGCUGUGGUCAUCCUGGGGGGCGGAGGACUUCUCUUCACUUCCUACCUGACGGCCAUGGGGGAUGAACAUUUCUAUGCUGAACACUUGAUGCCAGCUCUGCAGAGGCUGCUGGACCCGGAGUCAGCCCACAGGCUGGCCAUUCAUUUCACCUCCCUGGGGCUCCUUCCUCGUGCCACAUUUCAAGACUCUGACAUGCUGGAAGUGAGAGUCCUGGGCCAUAAAUUCCGAAAUCCAGUUGGAAUUGCUGCAGGAUUUGAUAAGCAUGGGGAAGCUGUGGAUGGACUUUACAAGAUGGGCUUUGGUUUUGUAGAGAUCGGCAGUGUUACUCCAAAACCUCAGGAAGGAAACCCCAGACCCAGAGUCUUCCGCCUUCCAGAGGACCAAGCGGUCAUUAACAGAUAUGGAUUUAACAGUCACGGACUCUCGGUGGUGGAACACAGGUUGCGGGCCAGACAGGAGAAGCAGGCCAGGCUCACAGAAGGGGGGCUACCACUGGGAAUAAACCUGGGGAAGAAUAAGACCUCCGUGGACGCUGCUGCGGACUACGUGGAGGGGGUUCGAGUCCUGGGUCCCUUGGCCGACUACCUGGUAGUGAACGUGUCCAGUCCGAACACCACUGGGCUACGGAGCCUUCAGGGAAAGGCUGAGCUGCGCCACCUGCUGACCAAGGUGCUGCAGGAGAGGGACGCCCUGCAGGGAGCGCGCAAACCGGCUGUGCUGGUGAAGAUCGCACCUGACCUCACAGCCCAGGACAAGGAGGAUAUUGCCAGUGUGGUGAGAGAGUUGGGCAUCGAUGGACUGAUCAUCACGAACACCACAGUGAGCCGCCCUGCCGGCCUCCAGGGUGCCCUGCGCUCUGAAACAGGAGGGCUGAGUGGGAAGCCCCUCCGGGAUUUAUCAACUCAGACCAUCCGGGAGAUGUAUGCACUCACCAAAGGCAGAGUCCCCAUCAUUGGGGUUGGUGGUGUCAGCAGUGGGCAGGAUGCCCUGGAGAAGAUCCGGGCGGGGGCCUCCCUCGUGCAGCUGUACACAGCCCUCACCUACCGGGGGCCGCCUGUGGUGGGCAGGGUCAAGCGGGAGCUGGAGGCCCUUUUGAAGGAACAGGGUUUUACGAGAAUCACAGAUGCCAUUGGAGCAGACCAUCGGAGGUGAGGAUGUUUUCAAUAAGAAGCCUGAUCUGGAAUCUCCCCACUAAAUGAGAUGGGUCUUUGUGGCUGGAUUGAGAGAGGAGAGCCACAUCCCCCAAACCACGAGAGCCCUUCCUCCAGCCCAACUGUAAACCCAGUCAGGAGCAUCACCAGAAUCAAUACAAGGCUUUCUUUAAUCACUUGUCGGACCGUGAACUGCAUUCAUGAGUCUUUCUAAACUCAAAUCCCUUUAAUAUUGCAAGGACAUUAAAUAUUUGAGGGAAAAAAAUCAUAGAAAAAAUAAAGCCAUUUAAAACCUGUAUUUAAGGGUGCUUGGGUGGCUCAGUCGGUUAAGCGUCCGACUUCGGCUCAGGUCAUGAUCU